UGCGAAUAAGAUAGUCGGAAGAAUCCAACGCACUGCGAAGUGGUUUGUUUCGGUCGCUCGUCAUCACCAUGUCUUGUUCCUUACUUCCUUAGUUUUCCACCUUUCAACCCCAAUCCCAUAAUCUUGUUCUGCAUAAAUACCCAUCCUUUAUAUAUAUAUAUGUAACUUUCUAUUUGAUUCAGAUCUAAACCAACCCAAGUCGCCAUGGGAGAAGGUGGCGAUGGCUCUUCGAAACCAACUCCUUAUGAAGAGGCAUUAGAUGCUUUGUCCUCCUUAAUCACUAAACGCAGUCGUGCCGAUACGAGCAACAACGGGGACUGCUUCGAACUGCUAUCUGACUAUCUCAAAAUACUAGAGUUAGAGGAGCCAAUUUCACAGUUGAAGAUUAUUCAUGUGGCUGGCACCAAAGGAAAGGGAUCUACCUGCACCUUCACAGAAUCAAUAUUACGCCAUUGUGGCUUUCGCACAGGACUUUUCACAUCUCCUCAUCUCAUUGAUGUUCGAGAAAGAUUUCGUUUGGAUGGUGUGGACAUCAGCGAAGAGAAAUUUUUAGCAUAUUUCUGGUGGUGUUUUGAGAGACUAAAGGAAAAAGUUAGUGAUGAUAUACCAAUGCCUUCCUACUUUCGCUUCCUUGCCUUGCUUGCCUUCAAGAUAUUUGCAGCAGAAGAGGUAGAUGUUGCUAUCUUGGAGGUUGGGUUAGGUGGAAAGUAUGAUGCAACAAAUGUGGUUAAGGCACCUGUUGUUUGUGGUGUAUCUUCCCUUGGAUAUGACCACAUGGAGAUACUUGGAAAUACUCUGGGAGCAAUUGCUGGGGAGAAGGCUGGAAUCUUCAAGCCUGGGGUUCCUGCCUUGACUGUGUCCCAACCUGAUGAAGCAAUGUGUGUACUGGAAGAGAAGGCUUCUGAGUUGAAUGUACCUCUUCAACUGGUACGACCUUUGGAUGCCAAUUUACUGAAUGGCUUCAAACUUGGGCUUGAAGGGGAGCACCAAUAUGUUAAUGCUGGUCUCGCUAUUGCACUGUCCUCUAUGUGGCUUCAGAGGACAGGUCAUCUUGAAGUCCCAUACCCAGAACAUACUACCUCUCUGCCAGAGCAGUUCAUAAAAGGACUAACUGCUACAGUCAGUUUACAAGGACGGGCUCAAAUUGUCCCUGAUAACAAUGAAAGCCCUGAAGAUCUUGUGUUCUAUUUGGAUGGUGCCCAUAGCCCAGAAAGCAUGGAAAUAUGCGCAAGAUGGUUCUCUGUUUCCAUUAAGGAUGACUCCCAGGAAAAAAUCUUGAGUUGUCAGCCACUGGAUACUUCCAGAUCAUCACAUGAUUUGGUACAGAGGAACCCUGAUGGAAAAUCCAGGAAGAAUUCAACACAGAUACUGCUGUUUAAUUGUAUGUCAGUGAGGGAUCCUCAGUUGCUUCUUCCAAACCUGAUGAAAACAUGUGCUAGUCACGGUGUCUACUUCAAGAAGGCUCUAUUUGUACCAAACACGUCAGUGUAUAACAAGGUGGGUUCACAUUCCUUACCUGCGACAGAUUCUCAAGUUGAUUUGUCAUGGCAGUUCGCUCUUCAAAGAGUUUGGGAAAACCUAAUGCUGGGUGACAAAGGAGGUGAUGAGAAGAGCACAGGCGCUGUUUUUGAAGAACUAACAGAUGAUACGGAAAUGGCUGUCAGAAGUUGUGAAAAUAGUGCAGUCUUCCCCUCUCUCCCGUCAGCUAUAAAAUGGCUCAGGGACAGUGUCCGAAAAAGGCAGUCUGUUCGUUUUCAGGUCCUCGUAACCGGUUCUUUACAUCUCAUCGGUGAUGUGUUGAAAUUAAUCAAGAAGUGAGGCGUAGUACCAAGCUGAAGCCCCCUAUUUGCAUGUCCUUCUAACUGCAACAUGUUCUGGUAUUCAUGAAGUCAUGGGAAAAAGCCGUGGACCAUUCUAACUCCUCCACUGUGGUUAAAUGCUGACGGGCUUCUAUUCUACAGCUGUGUGUUCUGAAAUGCUGCAGAUUUCAAGUUGGGUGCGUACAGUUGAAUCAAAGAUAGUGACUUAAAUUUACGCGGCAUUUUGUUUGAGAGUCGGUUAAACCACAACACCUUAUUAAGGUCAUUGACUUUUCAAUUCUUUGUCUGACAGAUUUCUUGAAUAAAAGACAAUAAGUUUGCAAAUUCAA